AGUGGGAUGAAGCCAAGUAGAGCCAAACCAAAGCGAUCCGGUUUACGUUGCAGCGCAGCAUUGCAGCAACAGCAGCAGUAAACAGUACGCAGUAAGCAGCUCAUUUGAUCUAUUUAACGUUUCUGGCGAGGUACGUUCAGCUCGUAAAACAAUGGUGUGCGAAAAGUGCGAGAAGAAGCUCGGCAAGGUGAUCACCCCGGACCCGUGGAAAGCCGGCGCUCGAAACACCACCGAAGGUGGUGGCAGGAUGAUCAACGAAAACAAGGCCCUCACAGCGAAAAAGGCAAGGUUCACUCCUUACGGAAAAUUCGCCGAGUGCCGCAUCUGUCGCCAGAAAGUCCACCAGGUGGGCUCCAACUACUGCCAAGGGUGCGCCUACAAGAAAGGCAUCUGCGCUAUGUGCGGAAAAAAGAUCCUCGAGACCAAGAACUACAGGCAGUCAUCGACUUGAGAUGUGUAUUUGAUCGCUACACUUCCAAGACUGGACCUUUUUGAAUGCACCACCGUUCCAUCAGCC